AUGGUCGAGAGUGGUGUCCCCCAGGGUUCAAUACUGGGACCCAUUUUGUUCCUUAUCUACGUGGAUGAUGAUGCAAGAGAUUUAGACUGCGAAGUAGCAAUGUUUGCUGACGACAUGAAGAUAUGGAGUGUAAUUCGGGGUCCUGCCGACGAAGACAAAAUGCAGAUGAACCUGAAUCGGUUGGAGGAGUGGUCAAACCGUUGGCUCCUGCGGUUCAACGUUGCCAAAUGUAGCAUACUUCGCCUAGGCCACACAGCCAGAUACGCCAGCACAAGAAACUACUUUCUGGGCGGUGCAGCCUUAAAAGAGGUCGAAGCCCAAAAAGACCUCGGCGUGCUGACGACCAGUUCCCUAAAGCCACCCGCCCACUGUUUGAGAGUGGCAAAAACCGCAAUGUCCGUACUGUACUCCAUCAAGCGUGCGUUCGUGGACUUUGACGAAGAUGCUUUCUCAAAGACAUUCGGAACAUUCGUCCGGCCGCAUUUAGAGUACGGCAUACAAACUUGGAGGCCGUACGCUGUUGAGGAUCAAAACUGCCUCGAAAGAGUCCAGAGGAGAGCCACGAAGAUGGUUAGGGGUCAAAGCUCCUUUCCUUAUGCAACUCGCCUAGUAAAUCUGAACCUCCUUCCUUUGCGUUACAGACAACUUCGCGGGGAUCUCUUGCAAGCCUUCCGCAUUGUCAAGGGAUUGGAUUGCAGUCUGGCCUUCGAGGAAUUCGUUGAAUUUGCUACCACGACCAACCUCCGAGGUCACCCGUUAAAACUGCGCACUCAGCAGGCACGGCUGGAUGUACGGAAGUUAUCCUUCUCUGUUCGAGCGGUCAAACCAUGGAAUGCCCUUUCGGCAGAUGUUGUUAUGUCACCAUCCACACAAAGUUUUAAAAAGAAUCUUGACAUAUUUAUGUUCCAAAAUGACCAAGAGCGAUGA